GGAGUGAGCGAAGUGGGAGCCGUGGAGAGGAGAGCGGAACCUCGCGAUAACUUGCCCCCGUUCGUGCGGAUUCGCGAUAGGUGGGACGAGAAGCACGGUUUCCACGAGAUGUGUCUAUUGGCCGAGAGCGCGGCUUCCUCCACACUGGUCCCGCCCCCUGCCGGCGCUUCCGGCUCUGGCCUGGCGGCUUCUUGGGGUAGCGGGUUUUUGUCUUUCUGAAGUUGUAAUUUAACCUUUUCCAGCCCCAAGAUCCGGCAAUAGUUAACUUUUUCUUUCAUUCAUGCGUUCAUUCAGGCACUCGUGCUCUCGCCCAGUGCAUACGUUAAGGAAUUGCAACAAUAAUAACACCGGAUGUUGAGCUGUGCGUGGGCUAUCUUUUACCCCUCACAACAGCCCCUUCCCACGGGUGCUAUUAUCCCCUUUGGACUGGUGAAAACCUGAGGCCCGGUGGGUUUCUGUAACGUGGCCUAGGGCAGCACCGGAUUUAAAGACUCGGUGGCAACGGGUUUGGUUUUGGUUUUUUGGUGAGUACCAGGUUCCAAAGAUGAAAUAACCCAGUCACUGCCCUUGAAACACCGAAGAUGUGUAGUGAGUUACGUAUUAUGGAAGUCCCUAGCAUGACUGGGUAGUCCGUCAAUAAAUAUCACUUCAAGAAUCAAUUUUCCUGUGUCAGUGGAAAGAGACAUCAAAGGAAGACGGCUUCAAACUGCUUUGAAAACAACAACCAAGCAUUGUUCGGGAAUAUUAAAACACAUACACACAUUUUUAAAAUACCACGCUUGUUAAUGUAACAAUUUCAUGAUGAAGUGAAAAUUGUUUUAAAAAGUGUCCUCUCUUAAAACUGCUGUUGUUUAUUGGUCUUUGAAAAGCUUGAUUUUGGUAAUUUUCUAGAGCCUCAUUGUAAAGCAACUUUAUAAUUAACUAUUUUCAGUUUGGCUUAAUUUCUCUUAGAUAUGAAUUACCUAGAAAGCAGAAUUAUAUUUUUUAAAAACUUCCAAAACACGUUGUUAGUUAUAAAUUACCAAUUAAAUCUGGUCUUAAGUAUACAGGAUAGUAAAUGUCAUGUAGUUCUAAGUGUUUUUUUUUUUUUUUGGUUGGGGUAGACAUUUUUUGCUAGGAUUAAAAUGAAGAAACCUAAAGCGUGUGUAAAAACAAAUUCUUAGGAUAUUAAUGAUCAGCCAAAAUAAUAAAACCUGCUCCUAAUACAGAAGUCACAAAAAAGGAUUAACAAUAGAACAACAAUUUUUUUUUUUUAAACGUGCUGAUCAAUGUCUGCCUCUUUGGUUUUCAUUUCUUCAAAAAAUUUUUUUCAAUGGAGCAAAUUAGUAUAUGAUACUUGGUCUUGAAAAAUGAACCAUCUUAAAAUUUUUUUUAAAAUAACUUUUAACACCCCCCCUCAAUUGACACAAAAGUAACCAAGUGAUAAUUGAUAAUAUAGUAUUCUAUGACCGUUAAUGAAAGUCUUCUCAUUAUAUAAAGAAUCAGUUUUCACAUUUUGCCUUACUUAAAACAAGGGAGGAAGACCCCUCUAACUUAAGUUAGCGAUUUUGCAAACUUUCACAUCAGCAGGCAGCGAUACCACUUUAAGAAAAUUCCAAGGAAAAGACAACCCCUUUAAAAUUCCCACCUCUGGCUCCCAAGGAUUGGAUUGCAAACUCCAACAAAAUACUCUUCUCCACUUCCUAUUGGUGCCUGCUCUAUCACUCAUUCUUCUGCCUUAAAUUUUGUGAAGCACCAGGUUGCUUUACGGGAAAAGGCUCCUCUGAUUUAGUCUGAAAGUGCCUACUUUAGGCUUUUUCAUGGUUAUUAAUCUGUACAAAGAAUCACAAAACUGAUAAAGCGGGAACCAAACUGGUAAAUCAGGCUACAAGACAACUGUGAAAUUCGCUGGAAAAAGAAACGGAGAACCACUCAAGAACACAGGGUAAACUGACAAAGGAUUUUACGACAAAGUUAGAGAUGUAAGACAAUGUAUACAAAAAUAUGCAAGAAGAACAGGAAACUCACAUAUCUAGCCACUUAGAUGAAAUUGUUGCCGCUGUCAGCAUAACGCCUAGAAAGAGGAUCCAAAACAAGCUGCCUCAGACAGCACUGUUCCAGCCUCCUCGAGAGAAACUCCAGUUCUGUGAAGAGAAAGCUAAGUCCUAUUCCAGCAGUCACCACUACAAACAGGCUAUCCAGGAGCUCGUGCGUUGUGUAGCGCUGACGAGAAUUUGUUAUGGCGACUCCCAUUGGAAACUAGCCGAGGCGUAUGUUAAUCUGGCUCAAGGCUACCUCCAGCUGAAAGGGCUGUCGCUGCAAGCAAAACAACAUGUAGAAAAAGCCCAAGAAAUCCUCACCAACUCCAUUGAGCCUCCUUAUAAUGACAAUACAGACGUUUUCAAGUGUUCCGUUGAGCUUUUUCACACCAUGGCCAGAGCCUUAAUCUCACUUCAAAAAUUUAAGGAAGCUUCGGAGAAUCUGGCCAAAGCAGAUAGACUCACAAAGGAGCUGCUGCAGUGUGGGAGAAUCAUAAAGGAAGAAUGGAUAGAAAUUCAAGCACAGCUCAAACGCUCGUGGGCAAAACUGUAUCAAGGUCAGAAGAAAUCAAAAGAAGCUCUGCCCCAUUAUCAAGAGGCAUUGGAAUAUAUCCAGAGCAGUAAAGGUGAAAAAAGUCUGGAGUGUGUCCCAGUACUGAGGGAACUAGCAGGUGUGGAACAAGCCCUGGGAUCACACGACUCGUGCAUCAACCAUUUAUUACAGGCACAUCUCAUUGUCCUGAAUAAAUGCCCGUCUCAAGAGGAGGCAGCCGACUCCGCACACUUUGUGGCCCAGGCCGCUGUCACUUCCGGGAGGCCUGAGUAUCACGAUGUGGCUGAGCAGCAUUUCCAAGAGAGCAUGGCUAAUCUGAAAGAUGCUGGAGAGAUGGGAAGAGCCAAAUUUCUUUUAAUUCAAGAUGAAUUUUGCCAUUUCCUGAAAAUCACUGGACAAGAAGAGAGAGCAUUCUCCAUUCUGAAAGAGUCCCUGGAAGCCAAAGUGAAGGCAUUUGGUGACUUCAGUCCUGAGGUGGCUGAGACAUACCGGCUCCUAGGCGGGGCAGACCUUGCGCAAGGAAACCACAGCAGGGCCCACAAGAAACUGAACAAGUGUCUUCAAAUUCAGACCCUCUUAUACGGACCACAGGACAAGAGGACCCUGGCCACCCAGCAGUCUGUGAACGUCCUGUCCAAGGCCCCGGACGUUGUUGGGAAGCCACGGCAGGCUCAGAAAGCCAGGCCAGCCUUGUGCCCUGCGGUACCUCAGCACCCUGCACCUGGGAAGGCCAGGGCCAACACAGCUGACUAAGGCAUCCCAUCACCCCAAAGAAAGCUCUGGUCAGACCUGAGUGCUUAUAUUUUAGGGUACUGCAUAAAUCUCUCUCCAACUAGAAGACAGGAUUCAACAACCAUUGCAUAGCUUUCAAGGCUGACAGUUUGCUCCAAGAUGCAACAGUGAUACCACAAACCUCCCACAGGCCACAUUUUGACAAUGGAUGCCCUUCAAGGGGACCUGGUGCUUGUAUAAAGCAUUUUUUUUUUUUUUUUUUACCACCAGAGUGGUUUUUCUUGCCAACAAAAAUGUUUACCCAUCAGCACUGCUGAAAGGCUUCCCUUCAAAAACUCAAAACUGCCUGCACCUUGCACAGGUCUGGAGUCAGAUUUGGAGCUAUAGCAUUCUGGGAAAAGCCCUUUUUUAUAUGAAGGUAACAGGGACCAAGAAGAGAGUGGUGAUAAAGUGGAAGCUGAGGCUGUGGUGUCCAAUGUAAGUGCUCAGGUGUAUGUGUUUAAAAUGAAGCCUGCCUCGGAGAGCCUCGGAGUCUGAAAAGGGGCCCUGAGGGGUAACCUUCAUUCACAUCAUCAGUCGCUCAUCAGGUUUGUCAAGCACCUAGUAUGCUCCCCAUAAGAACUCGGGGCCCACAGUCAACAAGGCACACACGGUCCCUGUCGUCUCAGAGCUUACGAUUGAUGUGAAUGCUGUAGAUUCUACAGGUCACGAGGGCAUUAGUCCCUGACCGUGGCAGCAAUUGCAACACAGGAAAAGAGUGAUAGAGGGACCUGACUUGGCCUCAAGGUUAGGGGAGGCAGGGCAGGGAAGCGAAAGCCAAACUGAUGGCGUGAGGCCGGCACCGAGAGGCUGCUGGGGGGUCCUGACUGCUCUGUUGUGCUCCUGUGGCCUCUGUCCUCCUGGCGGGGAAAAACUGGCGGCUUCUGCUUGGAGUGUCUUUGUGAGCUGGCCCAGCCUGGGCCUUGCUCCCCUGCUCUCCCCAACAGUGGUCCAGGCUCAGCAUGUAUGUGGGGUGUGAGCUGCAGCAGGUGGAGGGGUGUACCUUAGUGCCCGCAGCGGUCUUCAGGUUCCUGUAGGGAGGCUGUAGUCACACCAAAGUAGCUAGUGCAGGGCAGAGUUUAGCACCCUUCUUCUGCCCUUUGCUGAUGAUACCAGUGCUGGAACGAGGCAGGUGGAGGCAUGAGUGCAGGUGGUGCUUUCCCUUCUCCCUCCCUCAGCCCCUGGGCACAGCCCAGGGAGGCUGCAGCCUGGUACGGGGACAGAAGGAUGGCAGCAGGAUCUCAGCACUCCGGCCUGCCCUUCAGGCCCCAGUAGGAAACUCAAACCCCACUGGCCCUACCUGUGUAGGGCACCACCUUGAGAGGAGAUGGGGAAAACAAACCACAAAGGGCCGUGAUAGGGCAGAGAGAGCCUGGGGUGACUUCACAUAGGUCGUGGUGCCUGUGCCAAAAUGACUUUGUAGUCUGCUGAGAGCACUGCCUUCUGCCAUCCUGGAGGGCAGGGUCUCUCCUGGCCCCCGUGGGUUCAGAAACGGAUCCUGGUGCCGUAUGGGCAGUGAGGGAGGCCACCCACUUGAGGCAGCAUAGUGUCAGCGGACCUGCACAGUCCUGCUCGUCCUCCCGGCCAGCUCUGUUCACCCUCAAUUCAGUCCUCUGGGCCCAUGUUCCUGGUUCCUGUGCCCCGUGGCUUAUGUGGCUGCCUCUUUUUUAUUACCGUGGAGUUCUUCUAUUUGUUUAUUGUGGUAAAAAUAUACAUAACAAAACAUUUCAGCAUUUUUACAUGUACAAUUACAUUCAUCAGGUUAUGUAAAUUGUCACCACUGUCUCCAAACUCCUGCUGAGUUUUUCCCUUAUGUAUUCUUGUGUGUUCCCUUAUGUAGUCCCCUUCUUUGACACCCAGUUUCCUUCAUUCCUUUCUACACUGAUUCCCACUCUCCCUCCUUUUCCUCCUUGCCACUCCCAGCUUCCUGCCCACAGCCAUACCCUUCCCCAUACCACCACCAGAAGAAAAAAAAAUCCUCUCCCUCCUCCAUCUCAGGGAGGCCCAGAAAGUCCAGGUGGACUGGCCUUCCCUUUCUAUCUGCCUGAAUCAAGGCAGCACUUCCCAGCCUUUUUUCUGUCCUGGCACAGAUUUCUGUGCAGUAUGCUCAGGUACACAGGAAAACCUGCCCAGGCCGGGAGCCCACUGGCUCCAGAUCCCACCUGGUCACCUGCACCCCUAUAACCCAUGUGGAGUGUGCACGCUGACUGGGGAGCUUCAAGCAAGGGCUCUUGGAUUGCAGGAGCCAACUCUGGAUAACAGCAAGAAAAGAGUAUUGCACAACUGUGGGGCAGUUAUUGGCGGGCAACGCUCAGUAACUAGGUCUUGGAAAGGUUAGGUUCCAGGGCAGGUGGCAGCAACAGGCAGACCAUGUCUUCAGGGGCCACUAGCAAGAGGAUUUCUCCCCUCAAGACUCAGUUCCUGGGAGUGUCUGCCUGGCCUAACAUGACUGGUAGGUCUUGAUUAUUAACCAUCCCCCCAACGCAGCAUGCAAUGGGAGUGGGGUACCCCUAAAGGGAAGGUAAGGGUACAGUUGCCAGAAGAUUGGACAGAAAUGCUAGGCAGGUAUGUAAACAGCAGGUGCCACAACAGUGCCCUGUCCUCUGCACCGUGUUCCAUUCACUGACUGACUCACUGCUUUCCUCCUCCCUGGAGCCAGAAGGAAAUGACGUGGUAAGGUUGACU